AUGUUAGAAAAAAAGUUUGCUGACAUUGACAAGAAAUUUGAGAAUGUUUUAAACAAGAACAAGGUGAAGUUAGAAAAUGCUCAGAUAAAGCCUAUACAUGACAAGUUCUUAUUUGCUCAGAAUGGUAUAACAGGUCUAAUUGCACCACCUGGGUCGGGUAAGACUUUCACUUAUCUUAAAAUGGCUGCACAACAACAAGAACUAGAUGAGAAGAACCCAUUCUAUGAGUUAGUUGUUAUUUGUUCGACUUCUGGUCAAUUUGACCAAACCGUCAAUUCGUUCAAAGAUAUUAUAAAGAAGUCUAAGUUAGUAUGUAUAAAGGAUACUGAGUUGUUAGAUUGGAUAAAGAAGUACCAAAGAAGAGUUUUGAAGUAUAAUGCUAUAAAUGAGUAUAUAAAUUCUAAGUUUAAAGAACCUAAUGAGGAAAUGCAGAGAAUAUUAGAGAAGAAACACUUCAGAAACAAACAGAAAGAGAUAGAAUACAUUUCGAAGAAAUUGCAAUCUUACGAUUGGAAGACUUACCCUCAUAGAU